UCCGACCGAUCAGGCUCGCCCCACCUGGUGUGCACCGUUUUACCAGCCCACUGGAGGUCGAACAAGACCCUCCCGGUCGCGUUCAAGGUGGUGGCCCUCGGCGAGGUCGGGGACGGUACCCUGGUCACCGUUCGCGCGGGCAACGACGAGAAUUGCUGCGCCGAGUUGAGAAACUCGACCGCCCUGAUGAAGAACCAGGUGGCCAAGUUCAACGAUCUGAGGUUCGUCGGGAGAAGCGGAAGAGGAAAGAGCUUCACGUUGACGAUUACCGUGUCCACGACCCCGCCGCAAGUCGCCACGUACACCAAGGCCAUUAAAGUAACCGUGGACGGGCCGCGAGAACCGCGAUCCAAGACCAGUGAGUAUCACUACAUGUCCCAGUUCGGUCUCACUGCGAGCAAUUCAUGGGGAUACGGGAGCACGGCCGGGUACGCCGGCUACCUUCCCGGCCCUUUGUCGUCGUGCGCGGCACAAGCGUCGUUCCCACCCCCGCCACCGCCGCCCCCGCCACCGCCCCCGUCGUCCUCCUCGUUGGCGUCUUUCGCGGGCGCCGCGUCUAUGAACACGCCGACGGCGCCCGAUUCGACGGCGGGGUCCACCGUCGCUUCCGGCACCGGUGCAGGAUCCACGGCGCAGCAGGAUGCGUUCUCAGCUGUCUCGUCCCUGGUCCCAGACUCGACGACGACGGGCCAGUCCGACCCGCUCGACCCGUUGACCAGCCUGAUGUCGGGCACACCGAGCCAGAGGUACCAGGACUACGUGUCACCCAGAUCCCUGUCCACGGAUUCGAGCACCACGGAGAGCCCCGUCCACGAGGAGCAAGGAUUCGGGCAGAAUUACGGCAACUACUUCCCGACGCCGGGCGUGCUGCCGAGCAUCCUCUACUCCCAGCUGUACGGGAAUCAGUUCCAGAAUUCGGAGAGUGGCGAGCAGAGAGCGGUGGCGGACAGUUGCAGCGUGAGGCAGGAGGAAGUGAGACCGGACAACAACGUGUGGAGGCCUUAUUAAGAUCCGGGACAAGAGGGACUCGUUUGUUUCGGGAGAAUUUUUCGCGGAGGAAAAUCUCGAUUGUGGACGAUCGAUAAAGACGUUACGGAUCGCUUGGAGGAACUGUGAUGAUCGGAGAGACGUGGACGAACGCUCGAGACGUGUUGCCUCGAAUAAAAAAAGGAAAAA